UCGCGCGGAACCGUAAUCGGAAGCGCGAGCGCGGGCGGCGCCGUUCCUUGUUCGCCAUACUUGCACGGCGCAGACCAGAGCAACAGAGGAGCGGAUCGCAGCGGCACCUGAAAACACUACCAUACACACUGUCAAGACAUGGCUGAGGACGACGUGACUGCAGAGCAGCUAGCAGCCAUCGCCGCAGAGAAUGAGGAGAGUGAGACAGUGAACUACAAGCCGCCAGCUCAGAAGACCCUGCAGGAGAUCCACGACCUGGACAAAGAUGAUGAGAGCCUACGCAAGUACAAGAAGGCCCUGCUUGGCAGUGGCACUUGUGAAGUUGAUCCUAAUAUGCCCAAUGUCCAGGUAACCCGGCUCACUCUAGUCUGCGAAAGUGCCCCAGACCCACUGACCCUGGACCUGCAAGGAGACCUAGAGGCCUACAAGAAGCAGUCCUUUGUCCUCAAGGAGGGAGUAGAGUACAAAAUAAAGAUAAGCUUUAAGGUAAACAGGGAGAUUGUUUCAGGUCUGAAAUAUGUGCAGCAGACAUUCAGGAAAGGAGUGAGGAUUGACAAAUCAGACUACAUGGUAGGCAGCUACGGGCCCCGGGAGGCCGAGUAUGACUUCCUGACCUCGCUGGAGGAGGCUCCGAAAGGCAUGCUGGCCCGCGGCACCUACAACAUCAAGUCCAAGUUUACUGACGACGACAAGCACGACCACCUCUCCUGGGAGUGGAACCUCAACAUCAAGAAAGACUGGAAAGACUAAAAGAGGCCUUUGGGGGGGAGGGAACCGAAAAACCCCGGCCCCAUGCUCUCCUCACCCCGCCCCCCAUCCCCAUCCCCUGCCCCGUGUCCACCAUUUCUGCCUUGUUUGUUUGAUUUCUUUGUGCCAUUCCAUCCUCAUGCCUUAGUUCCCACCUGGCUGUCUUACAUCCUGGCCUCCUUCCCACUUCUCUGUUGGCAGCAGUAGCAGCAGCAGCAGUAGCAGCAGUCCCCCUGUCCGUCCAUCACCCCCCACUUCCUGACAUUUCAUUUGUCUUACCUCUGUUCACCAUCACCAACCUGCCAACCCCACACCACCUCUAGCCUCCCCCCACCCCCACCCCUUGCCCAAUGAGCUGUGCUAUGUAGCACCUUACUUCCACACACCAACCCUGUUUUUUUUUUGUUUUGUUUUGUUUUUUGCUGCUUGAAGAGAUUAACCCGCCUUCCACCUCUCCAAAAUGGUGUCUUCCUCUCUCAGUAAGAAGUACAUGUGGAAAAGCAACUGUACAAUCAACUUUUGUUUGCCUUUUUUAUAUAAUUGUAUUAAUGGUUGUGUAAUGUGACUGUAUUCACAUCACUGUUAAUAUUAAUCAGCUUUUGUGGUCAUUGAAGUCCCCACUGCGUCCAUCUUGCCCGCCCCCCCCACUCCUCUGCCAUCGCAUUGCUUUGCGUGACUACUUGCUUGCUGUCUUUUUGAUAUAAUUACCAAUACCUGCCUUGUGAAACGAUAAAUUCAGAGCUGCUCUAAGGCGCCUCCCUCCCCUCCUUCAAUGUAUUCACCCAUUCCUCUUCAAAUGGGGAUUGGGACCAAAGUGAACAAGGGAGUGAAAAUGUAACGGUGGGAAAAAAAAAAAAAAAAAGCAGGGUUAGAAGCCCCUUAUUUGCCUUAUGUAUUGAAUGGAGAAAAUAGUUUUACUCACCACGCUCUUGCUUCUCCCUGGUCGACUGCUGGGGAAAGGGGGAGCUCUACAGAAUUUGCAUGCCUUGUGUGUACGAAGCAGUGCUUGCUACCAGGUAGUCUGUAUAUCAAGGGCUUAUCCUCGCUGACAACCAAUAACCAUCUGUAGCCCAGCACGACUAUAGCAGAGGCUGUAUAUACAGGUCCCUCACAUACUGCUGUGUGCACACACUCACUGCCCCCAAAAUAAACCCCUCUUGUAACCGCAAGGGACAAUGAUUGAAUGUUUAGAAUUAGAUCAUACUACUGAAAGGUGAUAGCAGUGGUUCUUUGCCCCAACCCAGCAAGCCACUUAAAUCCGUAUCCGAGUCCUGGCACUCUUAUUCCUAUUAGCCAUGAGGCCUUAUCGCUGACCAUGGUCAUGUGGAGAAAAACAAAAAAAAUGCUAUGAAUAUAACAAUUUGUUUGUAUUUUUUUUCCUUUGCCUUAAUGUACAUCAUUUCCCUUACAAAUGCCCCAUCGUUCACAUUGCUUUAUAACUCCUAGCCUGCAGUCAGGAACUGAAAAGCGUUGAUGGGUAGAGGACUAGUGGUAGAGAAAGCACAGGAGGCUGAGGCAGGCACCGUCUGCUGCUGGAGACCUCGGUGGUGCCUGGCCUCACCAGGAAACAGACACUGGGAGCAGAGAGAGAGUUAGACAACCAUGGUCACUUCUGACCAGGCCUUAGCCUUUAGCCAAUGAUAUUUCCCAAAAGAGAAAUAGAUUCAAUGAAAUGAAUGAUCAAGUUUGCAUAGAUUGGGCGAUGUUACCAGAAAUGCAUGCUCAAUACUUGAUGUGAAAUACAAUUUUAAAAUGCAGUUGACCAUGACGAUGAAAUUGAAAUAAUCAACUUGUACUGUAUCAGAACACGUGGAUGUAAAACAUGUUUUUUCCUAAUACUGAUAAUUAUGUAUUCCUGCUCCAUACAUUCCUUCACAUUGUACAGUUUCUAUGAAAACGCUGGCAUGCUGGUGGGGUUGUAUAUUCAAUCAUCAUUUGUGAUUGCUCUUCUCAGUCAAUAAAGAUUUUGCUCAACUUG